AAAAAUUUAACAUCCUUUUUUCAUUUUCUAUUAAAUUUAACUUUGAAUUUCAAAUGAUCAUUUGAAAUUCUUUACUUAAGGUGCAUAACUGAAGACAUUUGAAUUUUUCAGAUUUUUUAAAUCUAUCCUGCACAAAAUUAUAGUGCCAUAACCUAGAAAAUGAUUUGCAACAAUGUUCUUAGAAAAGUUGUUGAAAACUUUGUAAAAAAUAUAGGACAGUAUUCUAACAAAAGAUUUUUAAGAAGUCUUCCAAACCAUGAAUUAAAAAAUGAGAAAUUAUCAGAGAAAGAAGAUAUGCCCGAUUUAAGAGAAAAUCCGUAUAAAAAAGAAAAACAACAAUGUUUAUUAUGCAAAUUAAAUAUAGAACCAAAUUAUAAAAAUGUACGAUUGCUAUCACAGUUUCAAAGUAGAUACACCGGACGAAUUUAUGGAAAGCAUAUAACAGGUUUAUGUACAAAUAAACAACAAAAAGUUGAGACAGAAAUCUUAAAAGCACAAAAUGCUGGUUUAAUGGGAUAUUUUACAAAAGAUCCAAGAUAUGUAAACGACCCACCAUUAUUUAAUCCUGAUCGUCCACUGAGACCGCAUAAAUAUUAACGAAAGAUAUAGACUUUAUAAAUUUUGUUAACAACAAAAUAGUAAUUUUAAUAUUAUACAUAAGUUACUAUAAUAAGAUUAACAAAAAAUAUAUGACAUUUCAUUAUUUAAUAAACAUGUCAUUCUCUGUAGAAUAAUUUACUAAAGUCUUAGGUAUACCCAA